AUGCCUCCAAAGUCCCCGGUGUCUUCAGUCUUGAUUGAGUGGCACCGCAAGAGACGAUCCGCUGGUCUCAAAGGGUGUCCGUUGGAGCAAAAUGAAAGUGCAGAUGGUGAGAGCAACUUUGCCGGCUUUGCAGGGACGCCGUCGCCACAAAGAUCGCCAGAUGAGGUGCUGGAGAAGUCUCCACAGCCCGUGGUGGAAGUGGCCAUGGCCGCCUUUCCAUGCAGCCCAGUGGUUUGCCCAUCUCCUGCUGAAUUUGAUCGAGAGGACCUUGUCAGGAAAAACAUCCGCCAGAUUGACAGUGAGUACGAGUUCAAGGAGAUCAUUGGCGAGGGAUCCUUUGGCAAAGUUCACAAGGCCCAACAUCGACGCACAGGAAUUCUUCGUGCUGUGAAAGAGAUCCCUCACACUGGGACAGCAGACGAGGAUUUUGAGCUUGAGCUUAAGGCCUUGCAGGCAUUGGACCAUCCCCACAUCGUUGAGGUGAUCGAAUACUUUGACGAUAUAUCUAGCUUUUUCCUGGUGAUGGAACUUUGCACAGGCAGUGUUUUUUCACUUCUUGCACAUGAAUGUGUCCAGCCAAGAAGCCUUGAGAAGCCUUGA